AUGUACAAAGAUGAUCCUGCAUACGAGAUGUAUCGCCAAGCCGCUCUAGGAGAUGUAGACUUUAUCACGGGGGAUUACCUGGCGGCUAAGAGGUUAACAUGGCAAAUAAUUCCCAGUCCUUCCAACGGGGUGACAGCCUGGGAAGGUAUCCAGCAGACCAUCGACGUGAUCGCCGAAAAAGGCAUCAAGGUCGUACUAAAUGGAGGAGCCCCCAACCCUAAAGGGCUCGCUCUGAAAGUGCACGUGUUAAUCAACCAGAAAGGCCUCGCUUUGCGAGUAGCUUACCUAUCUGGAGACGACCUCUACACCAAAUUCGGCCCCAACAUGCCACAAUCUGCAGAACAACUCCAACACCUCGACGCAGAAAACGAUUCCAUCAAACCUAGCCCGCUCACCUAUGCAUUCACCAACACCGCCAAACCCAUCCCUAUGGUUUCGGCACACGCCUACCUCGGUGCCCGGGCAUCAUGGACGGACUCCGUCGUGGGGCAGAUAUCAUUAUAUGCGGCCGGGUUGCAGACGUCAGCCCUGUUAUUGCAGCGGCGUGUGGCGGGUCACCUUAUUGAGUGCUCGGCCUAUGUUACUGGCGGCAACUUCUCCGGGUUUGAUAGACACCCCGUUGAUACGUUUGUUGAGCCGGGAUUUCCCAUUGCCGAGAUCGAUGUCGAUGGAUCGUGUGUUGCUACGAAACAUCCUGGGACUGGUGGUAUGGGUAAUAUUUACUUGAAUAGUGAUGUUAGUGCUGUUUUGGAUGAUGUUAUUGUUGAACAAGCUGGAAGGGGGGUUCGUGUUCAUGGCAUACGAGGCUACGCCCCUCCUCCAACAACCAAGCUGGCCGUAUUCUAUCCUGGUGGCUUCGAGGCUCAUAUCUUACUGGAUGCUACUAUGGACCAGGCGAGAAGUGGGAUCUGGUUGAAAGACAACUCCGACAUUUCAUUGAGAAGGAGUCAAUUGAUCGAAUUGACACACUUGAAUCCCAAAGCCGAGGCCGAGGCCGACGCACCUGGUUCUAUCCGCUCGUUCCCAGCAGGUCAUCCGCCAGCGUACAAAGCUCUACAUCCACGCGCAAGCUAUAAUUAUGCCCCAUCUGGCGAGGAAAUCGCCCUCCUCCAAUCCCCAACGCGGUCUACCCGAUUGGGAGACAUUGCUCUUGCCCGAUCUGGUGACAAAGGGUCUAAUCUCAACUUCGGGAUCUUGGUCCCUGACGCCACUCACUGGUCUUGGCUGCGGUCUUAUAUGAGCGUUGAAAGAAUGCGAGAGAUGCUCGCUAAUGAGAAUGACUGGGAUGAGUCGUUCUUGGUUGAGAGAGUGGAAUUCCCGUACAUCCAUGCUGUUCACUUCGUGAUUUAUGGGAUUCUUGGUCGGGGUGUUGUUAGCAGCUCGAGUCGACUGGAUGCGUGA